GACUGACUAGCCUUGCAAAGCUACUUGAUGGCAUUUUUUUCUCAUCUUUUUUUAUUUUAUUUUAUUUUAAAAAAGCAUGUAUGUAUCAAUUUACAAUUUUAUUUCUUAUAUUUUAGAAUACCAAUUUAUCUAUACUGUCUUAAAGAUCAACUGCUACUUGUCUUUCUGUUAUGUAUCUUUUUGUAUUUGAAUGUUCGCAACUAUCUUGACUGAAGGACUCGUCUAUUGUGUUUUAUGUUUUAGCAUAAAGUGUGUAACACAUGAAUGGACUCUUUUAUUAAAAAUCUAAAAAAAAUGUAAAGAGGAUAAAAUAAUAAAUAAAUAAAAAAGUACGUGUAAACUAAUUCAAACCAA